GCAACCCUAAUGCAAAGUCAACUCUCAAUUGUUUCACGUGUAAUUUUUGGUAGGAGCUUUGUGCGACCGGUUUUCUUAAACACAGUUAAGACCGUUGCGUAUACUCAAAGAUAUAUACAAAUACAUCGCGUAAGAAGUCAAAAAUCAGACAUGUCUGCUUACGAAACAGUCCAGAAGGGCGCUGACAAAUCGCCAAGCUACAGCCUCUAUUUCAAAAACAAGUGCGGCAAUGUCAUCUCACCCAUGCACGACAUUCCAUUGUACGCCAAUGAGGACAAGACUAUUUACAAUAUGGUUGUGGAAGUUCCACGCUGGACAAACGCGAAAAUGGAGAUUAGUCUGAAGACGCCCAUGAACCCCAUUAAGCAGGAUAUUAAGAAGGGCAAGCUGCGCUAUGUGGCCAACUGUUUCCCCCACAAGGGCUACAUCUGGAACUAUGGCGCUUUGCCGCAAACCUGGGAGAAUCCCGACCACAUUGAGCCAUCGACUGGCUGCAAGGGCGACAACGAUCCCAUUGAUGUUAUUGAAAUUGGCUAUCGGGUAGCCAACCGUGGUGAUGUGGUGCCAGUGAAAGUGCUGGGCACUAUUGCGCUGAUUGAUGAAGGCGAAACCGAUUGGAAAAUAAUUGCCAUCAAUGUGAAUGAUCCCUUGGCCUCAAAGGUCAACGAUGUCUCCGAUGUGGAUCAAUAUUUCCCAGGCCUUUUGCGUGCUACCGUCGAGUGGUUCAAGAUUUACAAAAUUCCCGAUGGCAAACCCGAGAAUCAGUUUGCUUUCAAUGGCGAUGCUAAGAAUGCUGAGUUUGCUUCUUCCAUUAUUGCCGAGACGCACAAGUUUUGGCAAACCUUGAUACAUCAAUCUACCCCUGGAGCUGCGGGCAUAGCCUGUCAAAACAUUACCAAUAAAAACACGGAAUCGCUUAUAGGCAAGGAGGAGGCUGCUCAAUUUCUUAAUGAGGCUCCAGAAGGUGGCGAUGUUGAAGAAUUGGUCGACACAGUCGAUACGUGGCAUUUCAUACAUCUCAAGUGAAUAAAGACAUCAAUUUGAUAUUAACAAUUAUUACACAUAUAAUGUUCAGAGCUUAGUCUCACAAAUAAAUGUUGAAAUACUAUUUGAAAAUAAAGUUAUUGCAGUCACCCCCAGAGAAAAGAGUUCUUGGAAUAAAAAACGUGUUUACAACUCCUAUCUCCUCUUUUGAAAUAUACAGUUUCUUUUUAUUAAUUUUUUUAUUUUACGACUAGAUAUCCAAACAAAUUUUUAAAUUAAUUAGGGUUAAAAUACAAUGUAAUAUCGAAAUAUGCUGUGGGUAAUGCGCGUAAGUUUUUCCAUUUACUAUAUAUGAUAUAUAACUUGGAUUCAGUUUGCUUGUUUUCAGUUUUCUAGCAGAAUGAUUAGAAUUAGAACGUAAAGUUAACAAAAAUUUAACUUAAGACUUAAAGGAUAUACAAAAAAUUUACAAAAUAUAUAUAUGUAUAUGUAGUUGAUUUAUACUAUAAUCGCUAGAAAACUAUUCAUUUUAAGAAAGCAGACAAAAAAUAGUUUUUUCGUUUUAUUUACAUCAGACAUUUUCGUUUUAACGUUAUAUAUUUUUUGUCCGUUGCUUUGAACUAAAAAUUAACAUACACAAUGCUGUCAUUAUACAUAAAUAUACAAAUACAUAAAACUAAAAAUUAAAAGCGGGGCUCGACGAGAGAAAAGAAUAAUUAAACAAAUUGUACAACAAAAGUGUGCCCAUAUAUAUUUGAAUAAUACGAGACGUAUAAAGAGGAAACUGUAACUCUGUUUACGUUUUAUUUUUAAUAAUAUAUGAUAAACAUUUGUCUGUUCAUUAUUUUUUUUUUUUACUAUUUUUUUCGUAACUUAAUAAUAUAAGUAUUUGCGUAUGCGUUGUUUAAUUUAAAUUCUGUAAUUCUUCAUUCGUUUAUAAUAUGCAUAUAUGUAUGUAGUAUGUAUAGUAAGUAAUAUUCGUGUGUUUAGCUCGAUUCCGCCAGUUCGUAGUUGUGGUUUAAUUCCAUUUUCUUUUAUGUCGAUUUACUUGCGUCCGAGGGUGUCGCGCCAUUCGUUAUA